CGGCAGGGCCCGGGGAGGAGGCGGUGGGGUGGGACUCCAGGGCGGAGCUGGGGCACCGGGCGCCUCUCCCUGGCAGUGCGGGGCGCGGAGGCAGCUGCGCAAGGCCCGGCCUUGGCGCUGACCGCGGCGAUGGCCACGCUGAAGCUGCUGAUGGUUGGGGACAGCGCGGUGGGGAAGUCCAGUCUCUUGCUGAGAUUCACCGAUGACACGUUUGAGCCGCACUUGAACCCCACGAUAGGUGUUGAUUUUAAAGUUAAGAAAAUGGUGGUUGAUGGCAAUCUAGUGCAACUUGCAAUAUGGGAUACAGCGGGACAGGAACGGUUUAGAACACUGACUCCCAGUUAUUACCGAGGCGCUCAAGCUGUUAUUUUAGUGUAUGAUGUCACGAGAAAAGACACUUUCACAAAACUAAUGACCUGGCUGAACGAGCUGGAGACGUAUGCUACGCGGAGCAACAUUGUAAAAAUGUUAGUUGGCAAUAAAAUUGACAAGCCAGAUCGUGAGAUAAACAAAACGGAGGGACUCCAGUUCGCUAGGAAACACUCAAUGCUCUUUAUAGGGAAGAAAGAGAAUCUGGAGAACUACAGACCUUUCAGCCUCACUUCAGUCCCGUCACUAUAG